AUGGCUUCUUUCAAGGAAUCCCUCUCCUCCACGCCCUCAAGACCCAUCAGCCAUACCACGCCUCCUCUCCGCCAAUCCAAUGGCCGUCACCAUUCCCACUCCGUCUCCCUCGGCGCCGUUAACAUCAAUCACCGUGUCACCCGCCGAAAAAGCAUGACCUCCGCCGCUGCCAGCAGUGCCGCAACUGCCGCCGCCGUCGCAGUGGCUAUGGGAGAGUCUCCUAGCUCUGCUGCACUAUCCACAUCCUCCUCCCACCUCCAUCACCAUCGACGAGCCCUGAACACUCGAAAGGCCGUCGAAUCCACCUCCAUGGGUGCUUCGUCAGGCUUUGCCUCCUACCUCGCCCGCAAUGCCACCCAAGACGCUACCCCGGCACGCAAGAAUUCCCCCAACUCCAUUGACGAAAAUACUGCCGUGGAAGAUGUUUCCCCCCUUGCUGGCGGUACUGGUGCGGGGAACAAUAGCAGCAGCAGCAUCAGCAACGGUAAACCUAUUACAGCUGCUUGA